AAAUGUGCUUGUAAACAAAUUCAGCUUCUUCUGAAAUUAGCAACACCUGAAUGUUUAAAAAAUUUUGGGUUUUGCCAGAAUGUACACCGACAGUAGAUGAGCGUUUGGUCACUAAAGGGCUUCUCAACAUGUCUGCUCGGACGCUGCAGGAGCUGGUCGCCGCCGCUGCCUCCCUGCACGCCGACAGGCUGGCUGUGACACACUCGGUGUCCGGAAAACCAUCGGCGUCCCUGACCUACAGAGACCUGGUUCAACUCGGCGAUGAAUUCUCUCGUGCUUUGCGAAAUAACUGUUCUCCUAGCAGCGGGGUGAUCGGGCUUUACUGCAGAGAUGAUUUGUUUGUACCUGUCUGGAUUUUGGGGAUCUUGCAAUCCUCUGCUGCUUACGUCCCACUGGACCCAGAAUCUCCUGGACUUCUCUCUGCCAGAGUCAUGAACCAAUGUGGCCUCAAGUACUGUGCUGUACAGACCGACCUCCUGCAGCAAUUUCAGGCAGCUCUCAUCAAACACGUAACUGUGAAAGUUUGUGUGGAGCUGCUCAAGUUCAAACUGACUCUGAUUCACAUCGAGCCGCUGCGAGUCGCUGAGCGUGAACGAGGAGCAGGACAAACUUUAUCAGUAAAUGAUCUCAGCGGUUCAGCUGUGCAGCAAGACGAUGCUGGGCGCAGGGAGUUGGCGUAUGUGCUGCACACAUCGGGAACAACAGGCUUUCCAAAGACUGUGAGGGUACCACACAGGUGUAUACUUCCCAACAUACUGCAUCUGAGAUCUUUGUUUCAGAUGAGGCCGGAUGAUGUGGUUUUCCUCGCCUCACCUUUAACCUUUGAUCCCUCAGUAGUGGACAUUUUUCUCGCCUUAUCAUCUGGGGCUCAACUCCUCAUUGUCCCUAAUGUGAUUAAAAAAAUGCCCAAUCGACUAGCUGAACUAUUGUUCAACGAUCACAAGACAAGUGUCCUCCAGGUCACGCCCACUCUGCUGUUGCGCUUCGGCCAUCGUAUUCUAAAACAGGACGUGCUGUCGUGCGGCUCUUCACUGCGGGUGUUGGCUCUGGGUGGAGAAGCCUGCCCGUCGCCCGCUCUGCUGGGGAGCUGGAGACAUGAGGACAAUAAAACUAAAAUCUACAACAUCUACGGGAUCACUGAGGUUUCCUGCUGGGCCAGCUGUUACAGAAUACCAGAGUCUCUGCUGCAGUCAAGCAACCUCACGGUGUCUUCUGUGCCUCUCGGGACUCCUCUGAUGGGCACAGUGGUGGAAGUCAGAGAUGAACAUGGCUGUGUUGUUUCAGAGGGUGAAGGACAGAUCUUCAUAGGUGGAGAGGACCGAGUGUGUCUCUUGGAUGAUGAAGACACUGUUGUCCCUGGGACGAUGAGAGCUACAGGAGACUGGGUGAAUGUUAAAGAUGGACAGCUGCACUACCUGGGACGGAGAGACCGAAUGAUCAAACGCAAUGGAAAACGAGUGAACUUAGACAGCAUGCAGCAAGUCCUGCUGAGUCUCCCUCAGGUGGAAGCCUGUGCUGUGGGUCUGCACCAAGGAUUUCGACUUCUCGCCUUUGUCGUGGCAUCCACAUCUGGACACCAGAAGGCAGCUUCCACCUCCGCGUCUGUACAGCAACGUGCAGAACAAAUUCCCUCUGCUUGUGCUAUUGGUGAGCAUGCUGAGAACCUACCCUCUUCUGUCAACCCCCACCUGGAGGAGUCAGGCGGUGCAGACGGAGAUCUGAAGAAGCUCAUUCUGAGCCAGCUGUCUCUGCUGCUGCCUGCUCACAGCGUUCCUGACACGCUGGUGCUCGUCCCGGCUUUAUGCCUGACUGCUCAUGGCAAAGUCAACAUGGAGGCAUUAGUCAGAGUAUAUGAAAAACAGAGACAGUGUUUAGAGUCUUCACAGAGAAAUUGCAGUGAACUGAGGCAAAUUCUUCAGACUCUGUGGCGGGAUACUUUAAAUCUUGCUGUAGAUGUUACCAUUGACGAGAAGUCCAAGUUCCUGUUCAGUGGAGGAGAUUCUCUGAAGGCUCUGCAUCUCUGUGAAGACAUCUUCACUGCUGUGGGAGUGACCUCACCAGAGCUCCUGGAGGUUAUACUUGAUGGGACCUUCUCUGACAUCAUGAAUCAUGUUGCCAGAGCAAGAGGAAUCUUGGAGCAUGAGAACAGCCAGUCAGCGCCAUCUCAGGCCAAGAGACGGCACGUCGAAUCCACGUCUCAGGUACUAGAAAAGAGAGUGCGCAAAGACUGGACAGCAGCUGAGAGUCUGCAGGUGGAGAAACAGGCUGUGAAAGUCAUAAGAAGAGGGGGCGAGGUGAUAGAGAUGAACAUCAGAUAUACAGAAGAUGAUAAAACAGUGCAGAAUCAACUCCUUAGAGAAAGGGAGUCUUGUGGAGAAGCUGAUUUGGGCCUCAGUCUGAGCUGGUCCUCAGACACAGGCAGAUGUGUGGACGCCUCCCCGGUGCUUCUAGUACAAAACAGAGCUGAUCACAGGUCAGAUUUGUUCAAAGCAACAGUGUUUAUCGGCUCACACUCCCACAGGAUCCAGGCUUUAGACGUCGCCACCGGAAACCUAAUGUGGGAGCGAGUUCUUGGAGACAGAAUCGAGGCCUCUGCUGCCGUGUCUCACUGUGGUGCCCUUGUUGUAAUAGGAUGUUAUGACGGCUGUGUGUAUUUUUUAUGCACUGAAACUGGAAAGACACAGUGGGUGUUUGAGACAGGAGAUGCUGUGAAGAGCUGUCCUGCUGUGGAUCCUCUUACUGGUCUGGUGGUAGUGGGCUCACACGAUGGGUAUGUUUACGCCCUAAACUCAGAGGUUCAGAAGUGUGUUUGGAAGUGUCACUGUGGUGGAGGAGCUGUGUUUUCUUCUCCACGUCUUCACGCAUCACGCCGUCAGGUGUACGCGGCUUCACUGGGAGGACGCCUGCUCUGUCUCAGCAUCGACAGUGGAGAUGUCUUGUGGUCUUACUGCAGAGACACUCCUUUUUUCUCCUCACCAAACUGCUUCUCUGAGCACGUUGUGAUCGGCUCGGUUGAUGGACACAUCUGCUGCUUCAGCAACACAGGGAAACUUCUGUGGCAGUUUCUAACAAAGGGUCCAGUUUUCUCCUGUCCAUGCAUCACGUCAGACCAGCAGAGACUUCUGUGUGGAUCACAUGACGGUUGCCUGUACUGUUUGAAUUGUGCAGAUGGCUCUUUGGUUUGGACUUUUCAGACGACAGGCAAGGUGUACUCCACCCCAUUUGUGUUUGACGGCUCAGCUGUAGGGAGCAGGGGUUCACUGGUGGGCCUGGCCUCCACUGACGGCACAGUCUGGAUCCUGGAUGGAAAAGACGGACGACUGUUGGCCUCGCAUACCUUUCCCGGGGAGCUGUUUUCAUCCCCGGUGGUGUGGGAAAGGUCACUCCUAGUUGGAUGUCGUAAUGACUAUGUGUAUUGUCUGAGGCUGAGUGUAAAAGAGGAAACAUAGAAGGAUAUAAUUUAUUUUUGUACCUUUUUUUAAAAAAAACAAUAAACACAACUUGUG